AUGACUAAGCGGGCGAAGAUGGCGUACUAUGCCGCCACCGAUGACCCCUCGCUCCCAUCUACGUCAUCCCUCGUAACGGAGUCGUCCCCCGAACCAUCGAUGCCGCACCUUAGCCCUGAAGUCAGCAUUGGUAGGUGUUAUAUGGUAUGCUAUAAGACGGUGUAGACGAUGACCAGGUUGCAGAUGACAGCUCGAACCCGUUCAGUGGCAAUUGCUUCUUGACAGAUUUGAGGGAAUUCUGCUUAAGUGUCCAACUACCGCAGGCAACAUUCAAGUUGUUGUUCCAAUUUUUGCGGAAAUACCACCCAGAGGUGCCCAAGGACCCGCGAACUCUCAUGCAGACACCGCGAGCAUGCGUUACUGAGUCCCUCUCUAACGGCAGCUACGUCCACCUGGGCCUUAAACGCGGCCUGUUAGAUGAGCUUCAACUUCGACCGUCGGCUUUGUUUCCGAAAAUACGGGUUCAACUCCACAUUGACGGAAUGAAGCUAUUUAAAGGGUCUGGCCAGUGUCGUUUUUAUAUUUUCCCAUCCCAUUUUGCAUAAAUCCCUCAUUGAUUUUGGACGUAUGCUAUUAGAUAAAUUUGUUUCUGAUUUCCCAAUAUUGUACAAUCCUGCAGAUCUUGUUUAUAAUGUUCAUAGUUUAGUCCACCUCCAUGAGGACGUUAGCCGUUUUGGAGUUUUGGACAAUUUUUCUGCCUUCCCUUUCGAAUCUUUUUUACAAACCCUUCGCGGUACCAUCACGGGUCCCCGUAAUGUAGCCGCACAGGUGUACAAACAUUAUUCUGAGAGACGUUUGCCUGAGAUGCCAAUUAGCUCACUGCUGUUGGACGACGAUUAGGGGGUACCACGGUCGUUUCAGUUGCCGCGCAGGUCGACCGCCAUUCUUCACAAUGGCUACGUACUGUCCACUGAGGCGCCUGAUAACGUCGUGCUUAUUGGUGAGCGACCGUGCGUACUGACAUCUGUGUCGGUUUCCGAACUAACAUACCGCCCCUUCGAGGACUGCGUCGACCUUUUAACCACUUCUGUUUCUUCUUCCCGUUUGUUUAUUUUCAAAGCCUCCCGUUUUUCCAGUAGCACCAACACUGCCUCCCUUACUGACAUUACUUGUAAAUAUGUUUCUUUCAAUGUUGACGAUAUGUUUUACUUAAUCCCCCUGUUGCACACCUUCCAUCUACAAUGACUUAAUUUCCACGUCCAUCCCCCAUCAACCAAACCUCUCUGCAGAUGUAUUCAGUUGUCCAGUUUGUGUGCGAUGACUCAUUGGCCUUGUUGCCAACUCGUGGUUGCUUGGGGAUAACUUAGUUGCCUGGCCAAAGGACCGGGAAGUGCAGCGUCUGUUGGAGGCCAAUCGACGGCCAACGGACGGCGCAAAGCUCUAUGAAGUUAAAGUACUCAAGGACGGCCUCGAUCUCGAUAAGGCGCGCCGGAUAGCCCAAAAGGCCGAAAAUACGGAUCACCUGUCAUCGUCAGAGCCGGAAAGAUUAGGAAGAGGCAUGCGGACAAAGUACGUUGCCAAAACAUUACUUAUUUUUUCAUAGAUUUCCCCGAAGACUAACUUCCGAUUCGGAAGAGCACGACGAAAUACAGGAGAUACGGAAGCACACAGAGCGACGGCUAGGCCCCUGGCCCACACCUCCGGCUGUACUCCGGUAGGUCUCAUUGGCUUAUCCGAACUUCAGGCCCACAAACGAUAAUGUUCCGGCUACCUCCUAUUCUCAACGAAGAGAAGGAGAAAGAACAAGUUAUCAGUAAUCAUGCCUUAUCACAUUGUCGCUUUAGGUUGCCGGACGGGGAGAACUUGGCGUCUGAAAUACGAAACUUGCUGAAAGAAAUGAAGCAAGAGUUGGCAUGUCUAAGGUAAACCGAUUAAAACCCUUUAAUAUCAUAUAGGAAAAAAUUGGACUUCCUUUCAGAGGAAAUGGUCUGGGUGAAGACCCAUAUACAAGAUAUCGAAGCCAAGCAAGCCGACAAUCGUCGAGCGUUGCAAGCAGUAUGCUUUGUUUCCAAAAUGAAGCCUCCCAUUCUACAACUGCCUUUGCGGACUGCCGAGGCGUAUAAAGACUUUCUUACGAAAAUUGGCUCGGACAAUGAGCUAGCGCAGGAAACGGUAUGUAAACAAGCUUGGACACUCAUUACUGCUUAUAGGUAAAGCAUUUGUCCACCGUUGGGGGAGGGACUGAAAAGGAGUUCGUACGUAAUCUCCUGACAGCCCUUCUUGGACCUCCCCUCUGCCAAACUUUCUGUUGGACUGGCUCCAACGACAAGAAGUCUUUCGUAGGGAGCCCUCUAUUCAGUGUCCUAAGUGGUCUGUUUAUUAUGUUUUUUUAACACCUGCAGAUGCAAUACGCUGUAAUGAGCAGUACCGUAGCUGCCAUUCCGAAGUAAUUCGGCAAACAGCUACUGAAUGGUUCCAUGGAACACGAGACAGAUACGGAGGGCGAGCCAAACGGCGUCGAGUAGCUGAUAUGGUACUUACUUUUCCAACAAGUUUUUACAACACAUUGAUUUAGGGUUCCCUAGAACAUUCAACAAGCAGCUUUGAACUUUCGCAAACAAUAUCGGAGGACACAGUGAGUAACUUCAUAUUUGCUAUGUAG